GGAGGCAAAGGAAAACUAACAGAGGCCCUUAUUAAAAAUCUGACAAAGUAUUAUGGUUUAGCCAUAAGAAGGAAUUCCGAAUCUGUUGAAGAAAUGCAGAAGGCUACAAUGGCCACUUUUUUUCAUAUGAUUUCCACCGACAAAAAGCCGCUCCAUCAAAACUGUCCCGCAGGAUUUGACUCGUGGUGUAAAUGGCGCAUCGCAGAGGCUGAAGAUGAUAUAAAAAACCACAGACACCUACCUGCACUUCAUCCGGACGUUCAAAUAAUUCUUCCAAUUUAUAAAGAUUUGUCGCGUCUGGAUUUGUUAGAAAGAUGCUUAGGGUGCCAUACGCAGAACGCAAAUGAGAGUUUUAAUUCCACCGUGUGGCGACUGGUACCUAAGCAUCUAAAUUGCGGCUUCAAAAUUGUUUAAAUCGCUUCCUUCUUAGCUGCUGGACAAUUUAACGAGGGGUACAGUUUUGUUUUACAAUUGAUGCAAGAGUUGGAUUUAGUGAUUGGGCAACAAUGUAAGAUGUUCGCCAACGUGUACGACGCGCAGCGGCUGAAGAGACAAGAGCGUCAAAAGAAUGCGACCUUACUUGAAGAGUUUGAGGGAGAGGAGGGUCUAAUGUAUGGGCCUGGUAUAGCGGAUUAG